GAGUCGUGGCCAGGAGCAAAGAUCGCCCGGAGAAAUCGAAUCGAAGAGCGGUUCUGCAGUUAUUUCACAUGCAGCAGAGAGGAAGGUCUUACAAUCGCCGAUCUCGUAGCUUCUCUAGGUCUCGCCUCGCCGUCGAGGGAUCUUAGGCAUCUCAUCUCCUACAUCAACCCACAAAAGGAAAUCCAGAUCUGAAUCGAAAAUCUAUGGGUUCAAUUACCACUGCUGUCGCCGUCGGUGGUAAGAUCGUAGAUCUGUCUUUGAGGGAAAUGGAGCGCGAGGUACAGAAAAGCUACUGGACGGAGCAUUCAAAGGAUCUUACCGUGGAGGCAAUGAUGCUCGACUCCCAUGCCUCUGCACUCGACAAGGAAGAGAGGCCCGAGGUCCUGUCAUUACUUCCACCGUAUGAAGGCAAAUCGGUCUUGGAACUUGGGGCUGGUAUUGGUCGUUUUACUGGUGAACUAGCUAAAAAUGCUGGUCAUGUUCUGGCCUUGGAUUUCAUUGAGAGUGUAAUCAAGAAGAAUGAGAGUUUGAAUGGGCACUAUAAGAAUGCUAGCUUUCUGUGUGCUGAUGUGACAUCACCAAACUUGCCUAUUAAAGCAGAUUCUAUAGACCUGAUAUUCUCAAAUUGGCUAUUGAUGUAUCUUUCUGAUAAAGAGGUGGAGGAACUGGUUGCGAGGAUGGUAAAAUGGGUGAAGGUUGGUGGAUAUAUCUUUUUCAGAGAAUCUUGUUUCCAUCAAUCUGGUGAUUCAAGAAGGAAAGUCAAUCCAACACAUUACCGGGAGCCACGGUUUUAUACCAAGAUUUUAACUCAGGUGUUUAAGGAAUGUCAUACAUACAAUGACCAAGGAAACUCCUUUGAACUCUCUCUUAUUACAUGCAAGUGCAUUUCAGCUUAUGUGAAGAACAAGAAAAAUCAAAACCAGGUCUGCUGGGUGUGGCAAAAAGUAAAGUCAGAUGAUGACCGUGGUUUCCAACGUUUCUUAGACAAUGUGCAAUACAAAAACAGUGGAAUUUUACGCUAUGAGCAUGUCUUUGGAGCUGGUUUUGUAAGCACUGGAGGAAUCGAGACUACAAAGGAGUUUGUAGCAAAGCUUGAACUUAAACCUGGACAAAAGGUUCUUGAUGUUGGGUGUGGCAUUGGGGGAGGUGACUUCUAUAUGGCUGAGAACUUUAAAGUGGAUGUGGUUGGGAUAGAUCUUUCAAUAAAUAUGAUAUCCUUGGCUCUUGAACGGGCAAUUGGACUAAAAUGCUCCGUAGAGUUUGAGGUGGCUGACUGCACAAAGAAAACAUACCCGGACAACACAUUUGAUGUUAUAUACAGCCGUGACACUAUCCUUCAUAUACAAGACAAACCAUCAUUGUUCAAGAGCUUUUUCAAGUGGUUGAAACCGGGUGGUAAGGUCCUUAUCAGUGACUACUGCAAGAAAUCAGGGACUCCAUCUGAGGAUUUUGCUAAGUAUAUUAAGCAACGAGGAUAUGAUCUCCAUGAUGUAGAAGCUUAUGGCAAGAUGCUAGAGGACGCUGGGUUUGAUGAAGUUAUUGCAGAGGACAGGACAAAUCAGUUUUUGGAGGUUCUGCAGAGGGAACUGGGUGCAGUUGAGCAGGGAAAGGAAGCAUUCAUACAGGAUUUCUCACAGGAAGACUAUGAUGACAUCGUAAAUGGUUGGAAGGCAAAGCUGAAGAGGAGCUCAGUUGGUGAGCAGAGGUGGGGCCUCUUCAUUGCUAAGAAGAAAUAAAUACUGGAACCGUAGCAAGUUUCUUUUUCUGUGUGCUUUGCUUAUCAUAGAAUGUUUGUUUGCUUUUACAUAAGUUUGUGCGUGUCCAUGAGGAAUGCCUUAUUUUAGAAUGUUUGCGACUAUGCUUAAGUUUGAUUUGAUUUACCCACUGCUA